CAUGCCGUCACUGUUAUUCGCGAUGGGCUAUUUCAGCGGUGCGACGGGCUCAGGUGCCGCAUCGAUACAGUAUACCGACGGCGGCGCUCGUUGUCUCCAGGCACUGGCUCAGCCGCGCAUGGCACGAGGGAGAUUUGCAUUGUUUGCCUUUACCAUCUGUCACAGUCUUGCGCGCACAUCCGGUUCGAUUAUCCACGCAUCAUUAACCAUCCCAGGCUGGUAAUGGACGCUCAAGGGCAACGCGUUCUCCGCCGAUGUGCUUUCACGAGGAUAGUACGCUGGAGCCGCGUACGGAUGCUCAAGCUCAAAAGGGCAAUCAUAUUGCCGUCGCC